AUGGGCUUCGCAACAUUCGUCUACAACCAAUUCUUCGUCCACCCCUCCCUCCCCAAUGCCUCCUUCACAAACCAAACCGUCAUAAUCACCGGCUCCAACUCCGGUCUAGGCCGCGAAACAGCCCGACACAUCGCACGCCUCGGCGCCCAAAAAGUCAUCCUCGCUGUGCGCGAUACCUCCGCCGGCGACUCCGCCCGGCUGGACAUCGAACAAUCCACCGGCUGCGCCCCAGGAACCUGCGAAGUCUGGCCCCUCGACCUCGCAGACUCCACCUCAGUCCUCGCAUUCGCAGACAAAGCGCUGGCCCUCCCGCGCCUCGACGCCCUAGUCCUAAAUGCAGCCGUCGCGACCAAAAUCUUCCGCCUCGCCCCGGGCGGCUACGAGCAAUCCAUCACCGUGAAUUCCAUCUCGCAUUUCCUGCUUGCCAUCCUUCUUCUCCCGAAACUACGCCAGACGGCGCGGGAUUUCCCUGAAGACAGGACUGUCGCGCCGCAUAUCACCGUUCUCACUAGCCAGGUCCAUGCGUGGCCGCAGUUCCCGCAGUGGAAGGACCCGCGCGGGGUCUUUGCGGCGCUGAGCGAUGAGGCCACGGCGAAGAUGGACGAGCGGUAUCCCGUCACGAAGCUGCUCAAUGUGCUGUUGACGAGGGAGCUUGUUGCGCAGAUGGGUGGUGCUGGUGCGAGUGAUGGGGUGAUUGUUAAUAUGCUCGAUACGGGGUUCUGCCACUCGCGGCUGUCGCGCGAGAACGAGGGCAUCGAGGCGCUGGUGUUUGAUCUUGCGAAGAGGAUUUUCGCGCGGUCGGAGGAGGUUGGGGCGCGUACGACGGUUACUGCUAUGGCGGGUGGAAGAGAGACGCAUGGGCAGUAUAUGGUGAAUGGAGUCGUUGCGUCUGAUGCGCUGUCGGAGUUUGUGUGUGGCGACGAUGGAAAGACGGCGCAGAGGAGGCUAUGGGAUGAGUUGAGUGGGAUUGCUGAGGGAUUGAGGCCGGGAGUUAUGGCCGGGGUUACUUCUUCAUAA